UUCAAAAUCAACCUCUAGAGUUGCUGUAUUUCGACUAAUCAAACAGCACUGAACGAAGCGCCCACGCGGUCUCACUCAAUCCUUUCCCAGUUCCCACACCCACACACACACUGCCUUACUACUUCUCUCACCUUUAAAAUUCACCCCAAUCUUAACCCUUAUGGACUCCUCUUCUUCCUCACCCUCAUCCCAACCCGGUCCCCAUCUCCACACCACUACUACUACUUCUCCUGCAAAAGCUGUGCCCACCGGCGAUACUACUGCCAAAAAAGAACCCACCAAAAGCAAAGGCAAAGGUGGCCCAGACAAUAAUAAAUUCCGUUACAGAGGAGUGAGGCAACGAAGCUGGGGAAAAUGGGUAGCCGAGAUCCGUGAGCCAAGGAAACGAACCAGGAAAUGGCUAGGCACGUUCGCCACCGCCGAAGAUGCCGCACGUGCCUACGACAGAGCUGCCAUCAUUCUUUACGGCUCACGCGCACAGCUUAAUCUCCAGCCCUCUGGCUCAUCCUCUCAAUCGUCGUCUUCGAAUAAAGGAUCUUCUUCUUCUUCAACCUCUUCGUCAACUUCUUCUUCUUCUACUCAGACGCUUCGUCCUUUGCUCCCUCGCCCUUCCGGCUUCGGCUUGACUUACUCCUCAGCCGCCGCUCAGCUCCAAACGGUGCCGUUUAUGAACCCACCUCCGUCUACGGGUUUUGCACCGUACGGUAUCCCUCCUCCUUCUACUACUACUACUAAUAAUAAUAAUAAUAAUAAUGCGUCCGUACUUAUAGGUACUAAUAAUAAUAACAAUAAUAAUAAUAAUCCGUUACAAGUACAAUAUCAGUACCCGGUGAAUGAUCUUAGCGUGGGUGGAUUUUGUGGUGGUGACCCCACUACCGCCGUACUAAAUUCGUACACAAACCCUAAUUGUAAUAGGGAUAAUUAUCAUCAUCAUCAUCAGCAACAGUACCAGCAUCAUGAUUCUCGUAAUCCGACGGCUCCGAUUAAUUGCGCGUCUUACGAGGAUAUCAAUACACUGGUUGGAGCGGUGGAUUCGAGCUUGAGUCUAUGCACUCAGGCGAUGGUAGCCCCGGGUAUGGAUCCGAUCGGUGGGGCGGUGGGACCCGUUUCACCUAUGAUGUGGCCGCUCAUGAAUGACGUGGAGUGUCCACCGAGUAUUUGGGACUACGGCGAUCCUCUUGGUUUUGAUUUCAGAGGCUUUGAUUGAAGAUCCUUGGCUCUCUUCAUCGGCCUCGAUCAUCUUCUACAAAUACAAUUACAGGGUUUUUUAUUAUUACAUUCAAUAUUAUUCUUCAAAUUUAUAUAUAAAUAUAUACAACUUUGGCUUUGCAUGCAAGUAAUUCGCGGGGGAUUGAUUUUCGCAAUCACAAAUUAGAAGAUCUCCAUUAAAAUACUUCCAAGUUAUAAACUACAUACUGAGAGAUCGAUUGUGUGCAUUGGAGAAGUACAGUACUGAUGAUCUUCGUUUUCUUGAAAUGUUUUUCUCAAGAGAAAAAUACAUAAAAUUGGCUUUUGAUCGAGGAUGGUUUGUGUGAGCGUCAAUGAUUUUGUGUUCUUGAUUGAUGUGAUCGAUGGAAUAAAUUGAGGGAAAGAUUUUAAGGCUUUUGGUGAUUAUCUCAUGCAAGGUAAAGAAGUUUUUUUUUUUUUUUUCAUUUAAUUAGCUAAGAGUUUACAGGUUAUACGCUUAUAAUGGAGUGAUUAUAUGUGUUUUUUUUUUCUCAAAGGGAGAUUAUGACUGUUCAUCAUGUUUUGGAUUAUUUAGAGCUGUUGCUGCUUUUAAUUAAUAUAUUAUCAAAAAUGAAAUUAGGAAUAUUGAUUUGGUAUUUUUUUUUUUCGCUUAAUCUCUUAUUAUAACUCUUUUCAAUUAAAUUAUAUGAGAAUAUAGUGUUUGUUUUCUUACCAGAAUUUCGAUCUCCACUUCAUAAUUCUAAGAUCUGGGCUAUAUAUAUAGUAGCAUAUGUAUGCAUAUCUUUGGUAAAUAUAUUUCUGUUGGUUUUUUUUUAUUAUUAUUAUUCUAUGUAUUUUGAUAUAAAUAUGUAUGUGCACAUAUAUAGUACUCUGAAAUUGAAUGUACAUGCAUAUGAACUAGCUACCUUCUUUAAUUCAUGAUUUGCUACGUGCAUAAAGGAAGAGUUGAAUAUAUAUAAUAUUUUAUAUUUAUAUGUAAGUACCUGAACUAUAUAUUAAAAGUUCAGUACCUACUACACAAUGUUCUUAUUUUAUGAAAAUUUUAAUUU